AUGAGUUGGAGUCGAGUGGGGGCGACGGUGCUAGUGGUGGAAGAAAUGUGGUGUGAGAAGAUCGAGAUCAAGCGGAUCGAGAAUUCCACCAAUCAGCAUGUCACCUUCUCCAAGCGCCGCAAUGGGAUCAUUAUGGAGAUGACAAAGAUCAGCAUCCUCUACAAAGAGCAAGUCUUUGUCGUCAUAUUCUCAAGCUCUGGCAAGAUGUCCGAGUUCUGUAGCCUCUCCACAAUAGCUUUGGUUGAUAAUGCAAUCCAUUUGGAUGAUGAGAAAGUGUCGACUAAAGAGCAAGAGCUUAGGGCAGAGCUUAAUGUUGCUGCUUUAGCAUCUGAUACUCUUUUACCUGAGUCCUCUGACCCAACAACUCUGGCUCAUAUUUCUCUAGCUACUCUUGAGGAAGCAUCCACCAACAUACCUCUAGUAGAUGCUCCUCAAGAGACACAGGAGCAAGAACCUGAGGUUGUUCCUACCAGGAAACGCCCAGGGUGUCACUUGACACUAGCACCUCGUCCCAAAAAAUGGGCUACUACUACCCCCGAGGAAACGUCGACAGAGGAUAUCCCCCUUUCUUCUCCGGAGCCUACUCUCUCUUCUCUAUAUCUUGCUCUUACUUCCUCCACUUCUCAAUCACUGGAAACCCCUUACCUUCCGAGCAUCAACCCCGAUCCUACUUUUGUGAUGAAUCUUCCUGAAUUUACUUUCCCACCGCUUUCAUUCCUUAUCGUCCUCUUCCACGUCUAUCCCUACCUUCCCAAUAUUACUGGGGGGUUCUUUAACAACAUCAUGGCCAAAGGCUUGCAAGGAAAUUGA